GUGGGGGAGGCCCGAGCACUGUACAACAUUGGCAAUGUCUAUCACGCCAAAGGCAAGGAGGCGUUGUGGACCCUGCCCCAGGAGGAACCAGGCCAGCUGCCCCGGGAGAUUCAAGAGACUCUGCAAAAGGCGUCCGAGUUUUACGAGAGGAACCUCUCCCUCGUGAAGGAGUUGGCUGACAGAGCUGCGCAGGGCAGGGCUUAUGGGAACCUGGGCAAUGCCCACUACCUGCUGGGCAACUUCAGCAAAGCCAUCGUCUUCCAUAAGCAGAGACUGAACAUCGCUAAGGAAUUCGGGGACAAAGCUGCUGAGAGGAGAGCAUACAGCAACUUGGCCAACGCUCACAUCUUCCUGGAGACCUUCGAUAUAGCCGCAGAGUAUUACAAGAAAACUCUCCACCUCUCCAGGCAGUUGAAGGACCAAACAGUGGAAGCCCAGACAUGCUACAGUCUUGGAAACACAUACACCCUUCUGGAAGACUAUGAGAAGGCUGUGGAGUACCACCUAAAGCAUCUGGCCAUUGCCCAGGAACUUGGAGACCAGUAA